GGUGCGGGGUCCGUUUUUCCCAGGGUGCCCCGCGCGGCUGUCAUGGCCGCCUCCGCGGGCCGUUAUCAGCACAUGGGGUUCCACCAGAGUUGUCGCCGCUAGACCUCGGCGUCUGUGGACCUUCCCUUUCCCCCUUUCGUUUGUGACUCUGUGUGGCCGUGUUUGGUAACCGGUUCGGGCUGGGGCGAUGUCCGGGGCGAUGUGGGCCCCGGAGCUCGCCGUGUUGAGGGGCUUCUCCACCGAGGCUGAGCGGCAGCAGUGGAAGCAGCAGGGAGUCGCCGGCUCCGAGAGUGGAUCAUUCCUACAAUUGCUGAUAGAAGGAAAUUAUGAGGCCAUAUUCUUGAAUUCAUUGACUCAAAAUAUUUUUAAUUCAACGGAGAUAACUGAAGAAAAAAUUGACAGCUACCUAGAGAAGCAGAUAUUAACAUUCCUGGAUUUCUCACCAGAUUUGGACAAAACCCAAAGACAACAAUUGAUAUUCCUAAUUGGUGUGAGCAGUUUGCAACUCUUCGUUCAGAGUAACUGGACGGGGCCUCCAGUUGAUUUACACCCUCAGGAAUUCUUGCCAUCUGUUUUGUUCCAGCAAUUCAGUGAGGUGAAAGGACUGGAUGCAGUUGUUCUGAGUCUUCUCGUUCUUGAUGGUGAAUCAGUCUACAGCCUGACCUCGAACCCUGUACUGCUGUUAUUAGCACGCAUUAUCCUAGUGAAUGUAAGACAUAAACUGACAGCACUUCAGAGCUUGCCGUGGUGGACUUUGAGGUGUGUGAACGUUCACCAGCAGUUGCUUGAGGAACGCUCACCUCAGCUUUUUGCUCUUGCUGAAGGCUGUAUCGAUCAAGUGAUGAAGCUAGAACAUCUGUUUGUAGAUGAUCCAGGUCGAUAUUUGGCUAUUCAGUUCCAUCUGGAAUGUGCAUAUAUAUUUUUAUAUUAUUAUGAAUAUAAAAAAGCAAAAGAUCAGUUCAGCAUUGCUAAAGACAUCAGCAAAUUACAAAUUGAUUUGACAGGUGCUUUGGGCAAAAGGACACGGUUCCAGGAAAAUUAUGUGGCUCAGCUUAUUCUAGAUGUAAAAAGGGAAGGAGAUGCAUUUUCAAAUGGCGAAUUCAGUCCAGCCCCGACUCCUCAGGAACAUUUAACCAAGAAUCUUGAGCUGAAUGAUGAUACUGUUCUAAAUGAGAUAAAGUUAGCAGAUUGUGAACAGUAUCAGAUGCCCAGCCUGUGUGCUGAAGAGCUGGCUGUUAUCCUUGGAAUCUGCACAAAUAUGCAAAAGAAUAACCCAGUGCAUAAGUUAACUGAAGAGGAGUUACUGGCAUUUACAUCGUGUUUGCUUUCACAACCAAAGUUUUGGGCCAUUCAGACGUCGGCCUUGAUCCUGCGGACAAAACUUGAGAGAGGAAGCACACGCCGAGUGGAACGGGCAAUGAGGCAGACACAGGCUCUUGCAGACCAAUUUGAAGACAAGACUACCUCUGUAUUGGAGCGUCUGAAGAUUUUCUAUUGCUGUCAAGUACCACCUCACUGGGCCAUUCAGCGCCAACUUGCAAGUUUACUCUUUGAGCUGGGAUGUACCAGUUCAGCCCUUCAGAUAUUUGAGAAGCUAGAAAUGUGGGAAGAUGUUGUCAUUUGUUAUGAAAGAGCUGGGCAGCAUGGGAAGGCAGAAGAAAUCCUUAGGCAAGAGCUGGAGAAAAAGGAAACGCCAAGUCUGUAUUGCUUGCUUGGCGAUGUCCUCCGUGACCACCGCUGCUACGACAAGGCCUGGGAGCUGUCCGGCCACCGCAGCGCCCGCGCUCAGCGCUCCAAGGGCCUCCUCCACCUGCGCAACAAGGAGCUGACGGAGUGCGUGCAGUGCUUUGAGCGCUCGGUGCAGAUCAACCCCAUGCAGCUCGGGGUGUGGUUCUCUCUCGGCUGUGCCCAUUUGGCCUUGGAAGACUACGCGGGGUCGGCAAAGGCGUUUCAGCGUUGUGUGACUCUAGAACCCGAUAAUGCUGAAGCUUGGAACAAUUUAUCAACUUCCUAUAUCCGAUUAAAACAAAAAGUGAAAGCUUUUAGAACUUUACAAGAAGCCCUCAAGUGCAACUAUGAACACUGGCAGAUCUGGGAAAACUACAUUCUCACUAGCAUUGAUGUUGGGGAGUUUUCAGAAGCCAUUAAAGCUUAUCACCGGCUCUUGGACUUAAGAGACAAAUACAAAGAUGUUCAGAAUUUAAAUAUUGCAUUAUUAUACCCCAUUUGCUUUUUAUAAAUAGAAGGGAAGGAGAUUAACACAUACUGAGUGCUUACUACAUCCUGAAACUUGCAUGGGUAACCUUUUAGAACUACAGUAUUUGAGAAGGAUACUGAUAUUCCUCAUUUUGCAGUAGAUGACUGGUGACCCAGGGAGGUUGUACAACUUGAUCAGUCACAUGACCGGCACCACAAAUGCCCGUUUUCUCCUUGUGUUGACUUGAAGUCUGUGGGAAAUUUAUGUUAAAAAGCACGUUUCCCCAUCAUACUAAUGUGCAUGUGAACUAUGUCUGACAAAGUAUUUUUUUCAAAUUGGUGUUAGAUUUAUAUGUAAUAAGAUGUACAGACCUUGAGUGAAUGUUUGGUGUGUUUUGACCAGGGCAUAUUCUUAUGCAGCCACUUCCCAAAGCAGAUAGGGAUGUUGUCCACAGACGUUCUCGCGUGCCCCUUCCCGCCAGCUGAGCCCCGCCCUCUCCUCAGCCACCACAGUUUCUGAUUUCUGUCACCACAGUUCAACUUUGCUCUUUCUCAAAUGUCAUAUAAACAGAAUCUUGAGUGUCGUGUAAAUACAUACGUAUGUCUUCUUUUAUAUAGAUGUCCUUUGUGUGGCUUUUUCUUUGGGGAAGGAGGGAGGUGGUAUAGAUGUGGGUGGGGCGGCUUGCCAGCCAAACUGAAGCCCUGAAACAAGUGGUGGCUGAGUUACCUGAAAGAAAAGGGGACAGAGGAACAUGUGUACACAAAUACUCUCUGUGGCAUAGGAUGAUCUCCACUUAACUGGCGCCGGGUCUGAGGCUCAGCAGGGUGAACAAUCAGGCCGACAUCUCACAGCUAACAGGUAGGAAAGCCGAGCCUCAGAGUCUGGCGUCUGGUCUGUUUACCCUAAAGCCUGUGUGUGUCUUUUCCACACGCUAAGACUUUUUCCCCCCGAAGAAGUGAAAAAGAAAGUGUCUAACUGCCUAUUGCGCUCUGGUAACCACGGUGUGGGGAGCAGGGUCAGGGUUAUCAGGCCAGGAAACGGCAGUUCUCUGGAGAGCGCCAAGUGGAGCAGGGUGGUAGCCACGCUGGGGAGGCGGGUAGUAGCUCUGUGCCUGGCCUUGAGCCCUUCUAGGAGCUUUUGUAACUGUACCUGAGGCAACCCUUUCCUUCCUGCUUUGAAGGCCUCCAGGUUCAAAGGCCAACACCAUGUGCUUUCGGCCAAGAUUUUGGUGAGACUGGCCAAGGACUUCAAGGUUUGUGUUGGCGAAGGAUUUAGUUGCACUUCUUUUAGUGGAGACUCUUCAGCAUUGAUAUGAGAAUCGCUUCUCCUCCACAUGAGAAAAUGUCAGCUCUCUGCAGGGGCUGGUGGUGGUUUCCUGCCAUUACUGCCUGCUUGCUUCAUCCUCCAAGCGUGGGCUAUGGAGGUGAGAAGUAGGCUUGGGACAGAGAGCGGAACAAAAGUUCUCUGGCACUGAAAUGAAUUAGAGAUGCAGUUAGGGAUGCAGAAGUCAUUAUGUGGAACCAGUCAUUCAACAGAGUACAGGGCUCUUUAUACUGAUAACAAUGAAAUCCCUCUAAGAAUCCGGACUCAAAAAAUAAACUUAGAGUAUUUUAUGAUAUACCAAAUAAGUUUCAAAUGGACUAAAUAUAUGCUAAAUAUUUUUCAUCUCAUAGAAAAAUUAGGAAUAGGAAUUAGAAAUAGAAGUGAUACUUACCAAGUUUUCUAAACCUUGAAACAAAAGAAGAAAGCUUAAAGGAAUUUUUAUGACUUCCUUAAAAAAUAUGUG